GCUUCAUCAGCAAAAAUAUGACCUCCUCUCUGACCUGACCCUACACCUCCAUUACCAACUCUUCAAGGCUCUCUCUAUAAAUCCCACUUAAUUAAUCUCAUCUCAGCUCACAUAACCAUAACACAUUAAAUCUCUCUCUCUCUCUCUCUCUCUCUCUCUCUCUCUCUCUCUCUCUCUCUCUCUCUCUCUCUCUCUCGAUAUCUUGAAGGAAAUGGCUGUUAUGAUCAGAAAGCCAUAUGCCUACUCAAAGAUGGACAAGGAGGACCCAGAAGAGGUCAUUCAUCGACGAGCGCAGUUCUUGAUCUACAAAGUGUUGCAGCAAGCAGAAACGCGAAGAAGGCCGGUGAAUUUGAGGAUCAGAAUACGAAAGUUGAAGCUGAAGAUUGGGAGGAGAUUAAAGAAGUUGAGGAAGAGCAUGCUGCUAAGUAUAUCUGCAGCCAGAGUCUGCGUUUAUAAGCAAGUUUUUAGUCAACUGAAAACUUGCAAGACUUUGUUUGGCCGCGGGGAGGGAACCAUUGGCGCCAGUCUUCCAGCUUUGUUCACUUAAUUGAACCACUUUUGGUUGUGUUGUGUCUCUUAUCGUUUUUAGAAAUACCCGGUUGUAAUUUUGGUGUUCGAUUUUUGCUCACAGAUAAAUAUAAUAUGGGAUGUUACAUAGUUUGCUUGCUUGAUGCUUCUUUUCACAUAAACAAGCAAUCUCAGCUUGGCUUUGGCUUGAA